AUGCCCUGGCGGCCUCUGCCUCGCAUCGCUUUCGCCGUUGCUAUCUACCCUUUCCAGCCCUCGACCCCAGCCGACCUACCUCUGGAGCUUGGUGAUGAACUGUACAUAAUUGAACAGGGAGGGGCCCGUGGAGAAUGGUGCCGUGGUUACUUGGUCGCGCCGCCCUCGUUGCUGGCCGGCCUGACCAGCACCAAGGGUCAAACCCUCGAGGCGAGAGUUUUCUCGGGUAUCUUCCCCCGCAACUGUGUCGAGAUUCGGGAAGUGCUAGGUGAUGCAGAUGGGAACAAGGCGCUACUCAAUGGAGACAAUCGGAGCAGCACCGGCCACCUGGACGAUGACGAUCAGGCAAGUCCCCGCUCCGCCACGACCUGGAAGUCGACCUCGAUUCCUCCUACCCCCAGUACCGCGUUGCCUCCCCGCGACCCCGAUGCACCAAAACCGGCCGCGCCCGUUCCCAUGCUCAAGAUCGGUGACGAGACACCGACUUCGGUUUCGGAGCCCCUGGUAGACGAAAUUGCCUCUUGUCUACGCGAAUGGCACUCGACGAACCUUCAUGAACUGUUACUGAAUCGACAAUACAAUGUGGUGGAGGAGAUGUCGACUAUCGUUUUGGAACUCGACUUUGCUAGGCGACAGCUUCUGCACAAUGUAUUGACCGGGCAGGAGAAGGAAGCUCUACGUAAUGAAGUGGUUUGGAAGCUGGUUCGAGGGAACAAAAUGCUGGGCGGGGAGGUCAUUGUCCGGGAUCCUCAUCAAAAGGGUCGUCUUUUGACGGGUGAGGAUUCCGCCAUUCAGUUGGCCAAGCUUCAAUCCGAGAUGAGCAUGCUGGAGGGAAGUCCCUCGCAGCAGUCAGAUACAGCAGCACUUCAUAAUCUACUGCUGGAUGUCAAUGCCGUUUCUGGCAACUUUCCUGGCCCGGUGAUUCUAGCUAUGCAUUUGUGCUCGAAAUCCGAUACCGGUGCCCUCAAACCCCUAUCUGAGACCUAUAUCCUCGACAUUCCGUCACCGGAGAAGUUUGCCAGCAUGGGACAGAGCAGCAAAUUAAAGACGCUCUUCACAGAACUAUGCGCCACAGACAUUGGUGAUGGUUCUGCGAAUGGCUCCCUGUACCUGGUGGUUGCAGUCCGCGCGCCCGAGAGCGCUUCCAGUAAUGCCGCUUCUUCCCAACCAAGAGCAUCGCUCUCAAGGGAAAGUUCGUCCGCGAAUAGAUCGCCUCCGCCGGCCAGUAAUUCUGGCAAAAAUUUGAAGACGCGACGGAGCAUGAUUUGGACAUCCAAGCCACGACCUAUUCAAAGCCCUGAGAUUGUCAAAGAGCCACCCAAAGCCCCCCCACCUCAGUCUGCUGGUAGCUCAUCCAGCAGCAAGGUUAAAAAUGAUAACCAACCAGCAAAGGAAACAACAGUCAUGCGCACAAUAGGUGUUGGCGUUCUCGAAGUCUCACAGAUCCUCCGACAAGAGAAGGAUGUUGAGCAAGUUAUUAAUAUUUGGUCUCCCCCUGGGGAGGGUGAAGAAGGAGAUGGACUUACAGAUGGGUUCGAUGGAUUGAUUCGCACUCUGCUUCCCAGUCCUACCGGGAGGUACAUAAGAUCUCCACGCGCAGCUCGACUGCAUCUCCAUUUACAUCCUUUCGUGUCCUCUGACUCUGACGCUCUGGUCCGGAAGAAUCCUACCAUCAUGCACAAUGUCGUUCAGACCAAGAGAAUUGGCUUUUCUCAGGCUCCUACUAAACCAAGAUCCGAUAUCUACGUUACCGUCUCCCACGCCAUCUUUCCUCCUGAGGCCCUUUUGUCCCAUCCUCAAGCGGGCCAGGUCCCUGUUCCGGUGAACAUGAGUCUUCGGAAUUUGCAGUUGACUCUGGAAGUUCGGACCUCCUCCGGAGCACGGGUUGAUAAAUGCAUCUUUCCCUCAUCCAACAAUACGGCACAGACGGCAUGGCGCACAACAAUCACUGGACGAGGCUCGCCUUGGGGCCAGACGAUCCGGCUCAACAUUCCCACCGAAGACAUACCAGGGUCCCAUCUGAUCAUGAGUAUCGCAGAUGCUCCCGAGUUUCCAUUUUCUCUUGCUUGGAUGCCAUUGUGGGACAAUCAAGCCUUUAUGCGGGAUGGGUCUCAUUCCUUACUCCUGCAUGCGUACGACAAGUGUACCUCAAACAUUGAGAAUGGAAAAGGUGCCUAUCUAUCUCUCCCAUGGAGCUCUCUCGGCAAGAAUGAGUCUACAAAGGAUGAAGCGGUUACUGGGCCUUUGGCUACCCUGCAUCUGGAAACUUAUCUCUGCAGCACUGAAUACUCUCAGGAUCAAGUGAUCUUGGGCUUGUUGAAUUGGAAAGAACGGCCUGUCAAUGAAGUGCUGGACACUCUGAAGAGGGUUUUGUUUGUGCCUGAAAUCGAGAUAGUCAAGCAAGUCAGCAGUGUCUUUGAUGCUCUCUUUGGAAUAUUGGUUGAGAACGCUGGGAACGAGGAGUAUGAGGAUUUGAUUUUCAACAACCUGGUUACAGUUCUUGGUAUCGUCCAUGAUCGCCGGUUCAAUCUUGGACCGCUGGUCGAUAAUUACGCCGAUAAUCAAUUCAAUUUCCCCUUCGCCACUCCUUGUCUCAUCCGAAGCUACCUGCGACUUCUUCAAGGUAGUUCCGAUGUCCAGCAAGCUCGAAGCCUCCGUGCCACAUUCAAAGUGGGCCGACAUGUUCUCAAAUUCAUCAUCAAUGCCAGGCAACAGCAGCAGGCCAAGGAGGAAGGUAUCGGAAUCACCAAGGUCAAGUCCACUUUCAACCGGGACAUGCAUACGAUAUUCAAAUCGCUGGAAGCCUUGAUGAAGAACACUUCGCCAGCCAUGAUUGGAAGCAAGACCCUAGUUGUCCAACAUUUCCAUACAUGGCUCCCUGAGUUUGCAAAGGUGCUUGGCAAGGAUGAAAUGAUUAUGGUUGCUCUCAGUUUCAUGGACUCUUGCAAAGAUGUUACGGGCAUGCUCGUUCUUUACAAGUUGGUUCUGAUUCAACACUACACGCAGCUUGAGAUGUUUACGUCCGGCUCGGAAAGACGCAGUUUAAUCUCCAGCUGUAUCAGCUGGCUAUCACCUUACUGGGGCGCUACUGCAGAUGUAUCCGACCAGUAUCGUGACCAAGUUCGACUGAGCUGCGCGAUCGUCGCCCAGUUGUUGAUUCAACCUGAUCCAUUGCUGUACGAGUUCAUGCCAAAGAUUUUUGCGUCAUAUUGUGCCAUCAUACCAGACGGUGUAGAUGAUACCGACUAUCUUUCGCUGCUCUUUAGCAAAUCCUUCCCUUUUCAGGUGAGGGCGUCCAAGAACAAACAAAAAUUCGAUGAAGCCCUGGUAGAACUAUCCGCGAUCAUGGCCGCGACAGCCAUGAUUCCCAACCCUAAGCGACUGAAACUGAAGGACCUGGAUCUGGCCACUUUCAUCUCGCAAGGCUUCGAGACCCACAACUCGAUUCUGAACUGCGAGCCAUACCCCGAGAACUGGCUCAGUGUAAAUGUUUAUAAUCACCGUGCUAUCGUCAAGAGUCUCGAGUACCUUUCCUCGAUGAUGAUCAAGAAAUUCCUCCCGGCGCCAGACGAUGCGGAUUCUUUCGACACAAGAUUAUGGGAAACUUUCUUCAUGACUCUGCUCAAGGUCGUGUCAAGUGAUGCUCUUGCUCUUGAGACUUUCCCGGAACAGAAGCGUCGCGCGGUUUGGAAGAUUGCUGGCGAUGUUCGUGAGCAGGGUGCGGAACUAUUGCAAACCAGCUGGGAAGCUAUCGGUUGGGAGACCACUGGAGAUGAAAGAGAGCGGUAUGGCCUGAGAAAACUUGGCGGUUACCAGGUUCAAUACGUCCCUGGCCUUGUGGCUCCUAUUAUUGAGCUUUGUCUCAGCGUCCAUGAAGGUCUGAGACACGUUGCGGUCGAGAUCCUGCGCACCAUGAUCCUAAGCGAAUGGGACCUUAACCAGGAUCUUUCCAUCAUCGAGACAGAAAUCAUUUCCAGCCUGGACGGACUCUUCAAGACCAAACAUAUGAAUGAGAGCAUCAUCCAAAAACUUUUCGUCGGCGAGUUGCUUGACUAUUUCGAGGAUUCCUCGAGCGUCGACGAAGGUCUGUCCAAUGCGGUCAAAGCUCUGAUUGCGACCGUCGACGAACUGCUCGACCUUUUCGUGGCCUCACAGAGUGGCUCUAUGACGGAAAGUUUGCAUACUCUCAGGCUGAUGGAGUACAUGAAAGAUAUGGGCAGAGAAGACAUCUUCAUUCGUUAUGUCCACGAACUUGCCAAGGUUCAGGCUGAGGCUGGCAACUUCACGGAAGCCGGCCUUGCCCUCCAAUUCCACGCCGACUUGUACGAUUGGGAUCUCUCCGACAAUGUUCCGGAACUUCUGAACCCUGCCUUCCCUGAACAAAGCUCUUUUGACCGGAAGGAAUCGUUGUAUUUUGCGAUCAUCCAGCACUUCGAAGAUGCCAAGGCCUGGGCCCAUGCUCUUGUCUGCUACAAGGAGCUUGCACUGCAAUAUGAGGGCAUGCUGAUGGAUUUCUCCAAGCUCUCGAGGGCUCAAAGCUCCAUAGCUAAGAUCUACGAUGCUAUUGCCAAGGAGGAAAAGCAGUUCCCCCGGUACUUCCGUGUUGUGUACAAAGGACUCGGCUUCCCUCCCACCUUGCGGGACAAGGAAUUCAUCUUCGAAUGCUCGCCGUCGGAGCGUAUGGCGUCUUUCAUUGAUCGGAUGCAGAGAGAAAAUCCUGCUGCGCAGGUUGUCUCUAGUGAAAUCCGCGAUUAUGAAGGCCAAUUCCUCCAUAUUAGCCCCGUUAGCGCUCAUCGGGAUAUGAUGCAUCCAGUCUAUCAGCGGUCCAAGGUUCCACAGUCCGUAAGAGAACAUAUGCUGAUCUCUGAACCUUGUCGUUUCUCGUCCACACUGAAGAGACAUAUUGGCAGCUCAGAUGUUCAAGAACAAUGGGUAGAGAAGGCAGUGUUCACUACUGCAGACCCCUUCCCGAACAUUCUCCGCAGAAGUGAAAUUGUCAGUGUCGAGGAAAUCUCCUUGACACCCUUGCAAACAGCACUCGAGCGGACUUGGCGCAAGACUCAGGAACUGCAGCUGCUGCAUAGACGAGCAGCUUCUGGUGAAGAUCCAAGCUUGUCGAAUUUGACGGAAGCUCUGGAGCAGUUGCUCGAGCUCAACUCUUCUUCAUCUAGUUGCGUGGCUCUGUAUCGUCGAUUCCUGUCGGACUCGGAUGAAAAGCAGACAGAGCUCAAUGAAGAUGAAGAGGAAGACGAAGGGCUCGUUGAAGAUAUACCAAAGCCGAUCGACCCUAUGGAGAAUGCCUUGGCAGUGGCUCUCAUUGACCAUGCGCUUGCAAUCAAACAAGCGUUGGCACUCUUUGGCCGUCCCUCACACCAAGCUACCCAGAGCGAGCUGAUGCGUCGCUUUGAGGAUGCUUUCUCUGUGGAAUUGGCUUCUCUCACUCCGUCAACUUUCGAGGCACCUCUUCAGCUUCAGCGUCAUUCCCCGAGUUCUUUUGAGAUUCGUCAACAACAUGCGCAGGCACGGUCUACCAGCCCCGAACAGGAGUUGAUUCGUUCUACUCGACCCGUGCACAAUCGCAAACACUCGAAAAAGCAGUCUGUCAGCCAUCGUAUCAGCGUCAUGAAUCCUUUCAAGCGCUCCCACCACGCAUCCAGUUCGGUCGCCACGGUACAAGCAUUGGCUGAUACGAGGCAGCAGCUGGAAGGGAAGACCAACGGCACUUCAGAAAAUGGCCACGCGAGGGGGGAUGACGGCGACGAUGCUGCCACCAUUCACAGUCGGAACACCAGUGUUUCGCGGUUCUCACGAGAUACCAACCACAAACGUCGCAGUAUCUUUGGUGACAAGUCACAACACAAGCAAGGGUCUUCGUUGUCGAUUGUUCCCGGUGCCUCUACUGAAGAGUUCCAUGUACACAAGAAGCAACCUUCUCGAAGCGCUUCUCGAGACACGAACACUAAAUCGCAUGAUGGCCGCAGUCGCUCUGGUUCCCAGCUUACCGGGCAUGAAAGAGCGAGUCAGAAGGGUGGCUGGUCUGCGAUGCCUUCAGUGAAAGACGAAUGGCCGUCGACGCCCAAGAGUAUGGGCAACUCGCCCAGGAGUCCGCAGAGCACCUCCACUAGCCAUUCUCACGGCAACUCCCAUGCAGGUGGUGUUCGAGAUUCUGUUAUGAAGCGGUUCAGCCUUCUCAAGGGAGUUGGACGAAAGGGCAGCCGUCUUGAGUUUAAGGAUUCCAACGGCAUGGCCGUCCACGAAGAAUAA